UCAGUUGUAUUCAACAUGGCUGUUCGCUUACUAAUUGUCGUUCUUCUUAUCUCACUAGUUUCACUUACCCAUGCAUCCGAUCCUGCCCCCCUACAGGAUUUCUGUGUUGCUGUUAAGGACGAUGAAGCAAAGGUUUUUGUGAAUGGAAAGAUUUGCAAGGAUCCAAACAUGGUUAGUGCCGAUGAUUUCUUCUUUCCAGGUUUGAAUAUGCCUGGGAAUACAUCAAAUCCUCUUGGAUCAAAAGUCACACCAGUGAAUGUCAACCAAUUACCAGGACUCAACACUCUUGGCAUCUCUUUAGUUCGUAUUGACUAUGCACCCUACGGCCUCAACCCGCCACACACUCACCCUAGGGGUACUGAGGUUAUUGUUGUUGUGGAGGGCACUCUCUAUGUUGGAUUCGUGACAUCGAACCCAGCAGAUCCAAACAUGAAGAACAAACUCUUUACAAAGACUUUGUAUCCUGGAGACGUCUUUGUAUUUCCAGAAGGUCUCAUUCAUUUCCAAUUUAAUGUGGGGAAGACUAAUGCCAUUGUAUUUGUUGGUCUAAGCAGCCAAAAUCCAGGAGUCAUCACUAUUGCAAAUGUUGUUUUUGGAUCAGACCCUCCAAUUAAUCUUGAUGUUCUCACCAAAGCUUUUCAGGUUGACGCGAACGUAAUUAAAUAUCUUCAAGGACAGUUCUGGUGGAACAUCGACUAGAAAACAAAUAUUUAUAUUGAGUUUAGCCUUUUCAACAUAUAUCUUGUGGGUUUUAAUAAAUAACUAAAUAAAUAUUGAGAAAUGUCUCUGUUGUAGUCUUGUAUGGUUUCUGGGGUAAUAAAGAUCUUCGAAGAACUUGCAUUCACAUGUAAUCUAUGUUUCUUGAAGCAUAUUUCUGAAUUUUUGUGCAA